GCUGAACAUGAGUGGUGCUUCCUCCGGCAUCUGGCCCCUCAUCAAGGGUGCUGGCAUCACGUAUGCGCUUGUCGCAGCCGUGUGGGCAUUUGAUCGAUACUCACCCCUGGGAUGGUUCAAUCUGAAGGGGCGCACUAAGGAGGAGAAAGCUCUCGCCCACCGCUAUGAGCACAUUGAGUAUCCGUACCCGGGGGACAAGGAGGCUGUGGAGAAGUUUCUGGAGACAGGUGGCCCCAGGGGGGCCAAUCUGAAGACCCGGCUAUCGACGCGCGUCGACAACAAGUCGGGGCAGCUGCAGCAGGAGAAGGUGGAGAGGGAGGCCGCCAAGCUGUGGGUGCGCAUGAAGCGGGAAGCAGUCAGGGAACUGCAGGAGGCGGGGUAUGCAGAGGCCAAGAGGUGA